GCUUUUCGUCUAGCAAAAUAAACAAAAAGCACCCUUCUAUAACCACACAUCAGAAAAACAAUGUUGAAACCACAGCUUCACCAGUACCAAUCAAACUCUACAACAACUAGAGCUCACUUCUUGCUAUCUAAACCGUUCAUCAAUGGCGGAAGUGAACAUGCAACUCUUCUUGUCAAGUUAUUACCUGUAAACCAAUUUAAUAAAGCAAGAAGGUGUAUUGUUAGAGCUGCUAGCUCUAAACCUAGAGCUACACCUAGCAGCAUUAAUAUUGAAGCCAUAGAUGACAGUACUGUCCGCGAGCACCAGUUUUUUAAAGUGAAAGCUAUAGCUACUGUGAAGCAAACUAUUGGGGGGAUGCUUACAAGCUUAGGGAUAGAGAGAGGACUGGAUGAUAUACAAGACCUUCUUGGCAAAACACUACUUUUGGAGCUUGUUAGUACUGAACUUGAUCUGAAAACGGAACUAGAGAAGCCCACAAUUGAAGCGUUUGCACACAGAACAGGGAAAACGAAUGGGGAUGUGAAAUAUGAAGCAGAGUUCGAAGUUCCAUAUGAUUUUGGAGAAGUUGGUGCCGUAUUUGUGGAAAAUGAACAUCAUAAGGAGAUGUUCCUUCAGGAUAUAGUCCUUGAUGGUUUCCCUCAAGGCCCUCUUAAUGUCACCUGUGCUUCUUGGGUUCACUCCAAGUUCACCAAUAACCAGAAAAGAGUCUUCUUCACCACCAAGUCAUACUUGCCAUCACAGACACCAAUCGGAAUAAGGAGGUUGCGAGAAGAAGAGCUUGCUCUUUUGCGAGGAAAUGGGCAAGGAGAACGCAAGGUGGGUGAGAGAGUAUAUGAUUAUGAUGUUUAUAAUGAUCUUGGUAAUCCCGACGGUCACUUAAAGCUUGAAAGACCAGUACUUGGUGGCGAAGAUCAUCCUUAUCCUAGACGAUGUCGAACAGGACGGCCCCGAUGCAAAGCAGAUUCAUCAUCGGAGAUAAGGAAAAGUGGCUUUUAUGUGCCUAGAGAUGAGGCAUUCUCAGAAGUGAAGCAUUUAACAUUCUCAGCCAAGACUUUGUACCUACUAUUUAAUGCUUUGGUACCAUCAAUUGGAAGUGUGAUAGUUGAUCAUGAACUUGGAUUCCCAUACUUCACAGCCAUUGAUUCACUGUUCACUGAAGGGAUUUCCAUGCCUCCCCUUGAAAGCGAAGGUUUUUGGCAAAAAACGCUCCCUCGCCUUUUCAAGUCUAUCACUGAUGGCAAAGAUGUUCUGCGCUUUGAGACCCCUAAGACCACAGAGAGAGACAAAUUCUUUUGGCUAAGGGAUGAAGAAUUUGCCAGGCAGACUCUUGCUGGUCUCAACCCGUACAGUAUACAGUUGGUCAAAGAAUGGCCAAUAACGAGUAAACUUGACCCUGAGAUAUAUGGACCGCCAGAGUCGACAAUUACAACAGAAAUAGUUGAGGCAGAAAUUGGAGGAAUUGUUAGCGUUCGGGAGGCCAUACAACAAAAGAAGCUGUUCAUCCUAGAUUAUCAUGAUGUUUUGUUACCAUUUGUGAGCAAAGUAAGAGAACUUAAAGGCACAACAUUAUAUGGGUCAAGGACACUAUUCUUUCUAACACCCAAUGGCACAUUAAAACCAGUGGCCAUUGAGCUCACUCGCCCACCCAUGGAUGGAAAGCCUCAGUGGAAGCAAGUGUUCACACACACCUGGGAUUCCACAGGUUGCUGGCUCUGGAGGCUAGCCAAAGCACAUGUUCUUGCUCACGACUCUGGUUAUCACCAGCUCGUUAGUCAUUGGCUCAGAACACAUUGUGUGACAGAACCUUUUAUAAUUGCAACUAAUCGGCAACUCAGUGUAAUGCAUCCAAUCUACAGAUUGUUACACCCUCAUUUCAGAUAUACAAUGGAGAUCAAUGCUCUUGCUCGAGAAUCACUGAUCAAUGCAGAAGGCAUAAUUGAGUCCUCAUUCUCCCCAGGCAAAUAUGCUAUGGAGCUUAGUUCUUUUGUCUAUGAUAAGUUUUGGCGGUUUGACCAUCAGUCACUACCCAAAGACCUGAUUAGCAGGGGCAUUGCAGUUGAAGAUCCAACUUCUCCACAUGGCCUAAAACUUACAAUUGAAGACUACCCUUUUGCUAAUGAUGGUCUAAUUUUGUGGGACAUUAUCAAAAGUUGGGUUACAGAUUAUGUAAAUCACUACUAUCCAGAUCCAAGCCUUGUAGAGUCUGAUCAAGAGCUCCAAGCAUGGUGGACAGAAAUUCGAACAGUGGGACACGGCGACAAGAAGGAUGAACCAUGGUGGCCUGAGCUAAAAACACCACAAGACCUAAUUGAAAUAGUCACUAUUAUAGCAUGGACAGCUUCAGGUCAUCAUGCUGCAGUGAACUUUGGACAAUAUGCAUUUGGAGGUUACUUUCCUAACAGGCCAACCAUUGCUAGAAAAAAAAUGCCAAAUGAGGAUCCAACAGAAGAAGACUGGAAUUUCUUCUUGCAUAAACCCGAGGCAGUACUAUUAGCAACUUUCCCUACAAAGCUUCAGGCAACAACAGUAGUGGCUGUUCUCAAUGUGUUAUCCAAUCAUUCUCCUGAUGAGGAGUAUAUUGGGGAGCAAAAGGAACAAGCAUGGGCUGAUGAACCGAUUAUAAAAGCAGCUUUUGAGAAGUUCAAUUGCAGGCUGAAGGAGUUAGAAGGAAUUAUUGAUGAAAGAAAUUGUAACAGGGAGUUGAAGAACCGAAAUGGUGCUGGUAUUUUGCCAUAUCAGCUUUUGAAACCAUUUUCUAAUCCAGGAGUUACAGGACAGGGAGUUCCAUACAGCAUAUCCAUUUGAAAUCCACAGAAAUCUAUUACUAUGAUCUUUGUGUUAAAUAAGGCAUUCUGGAGAAACAAUGAUAAAUGCAAUGCUCACAAAAUUAAAUAGUCAA